AUGAGCUGGUAUUUGACCCGUCAGCUCUACAUGUAUUUUCCCAGGACACCUCUCUGUUUGGAUCCACAGUCUGACUUCCUGCAGAAACCUCCGUACAUGAACGUUACUGCUGCUGUGUCGACGUUCCUGUCUCGUCCUGAGAGACGGAGACAAAGACAGACAGAGAUGGAUGAGAUGAUGCUGUCUCUGUCUGACGACACUGACAGCUCCCCUCUGAUGGAGAGAGAGGAAGAGGAGCUGCUGCAGGAAAGAUCCGACUGA